AUGGCGUUUGUAUUCUACCGCAGUUUAGGCGACGGCUGGCGUGUGGGCGUUGCGGAUUCACUCGAAGGUUCCAUCAUUCGUGUUCGCGAUGGUGCCACUGAAAUAACUGUGGCUGCCGACGAUAUCUACAUUCCACACAACACACAUGAUAAUAACAAGGAGAAUCAACAGAAAGAAGAAGAAAAAGAAAAAGAGGAAUUAUUAUCAUCAUUGUUUUGUAUGGAUGAACACCCACUGCAGUUCCUGCGGCCGUGUGAUGCUGCGCGGAUGUCGCCGUCGCCACUCGUCGGACUUCCGCCGCUCGUCGAGUUGUUGCGCCGCCGCACCGCCAACGGCAUUCACGCCACUUGCAUUGGUGAUAACUUCACACUUCUGCUCAGCGGCAAUAAUGAUCUCAACACUACUCCAGAUAUUAAUGGUUAUAAUAAUAAUAAUAAUAAUAAUAAUAAUAAUAAUAAUAAUAAUAAUAAUAAUAAUAAUAAUAGAGUGGAUACGGCACUGAAGGCUGUUCUUGCGUGGAAGGGAUCGCGACAACGACAAGUGGUGGUUGCCUGCGGUCGUGCGAAACCAAACUUAUGCAGUGAUUUGGUUUUAUCAUGUUGUUCUCAUCUUGAGUCCACACCUGCACAAAUGAAAGUUAUUAAAGCUGCAAUGAAUGUCAUCUCCGCCUUUACAUGUACGGUGGGACAACAACAAAAGUCUUAUCUUCAAGUACAUAUCUCUGCAGAUGGAAAAGAGAGCGAAGAAGCAUUAAAAAGAGUUCAAAUAGAGUGUGAUCAUCUUUUUACUUCAAGUAUUGGGGAUUCAAAUAAAAAUAAUUUUAGGAUAUUUUCCUAUAUAUUGUAUGGAUUCAGUGGUGAAGAAAAGGAACGUUUUUUUAUAAAUCGUAAGCAAAAUGACUUUGUAUGCCAAUCAAGUAUUCAAGAUAUCAAUCUUAUUUCACACUUACGAGAAGAGUAUAUUAUUUUUACUAAUGCUAUGGAAGAUCUUGGUAUUUCAUUCGCUUCUCAAUUAGCACUUUACACUCGUAUGGCAGCGAUUGUACACCUUACUGAGAUUGAUUUCUACGAUGAUGGUUCUGCUUCCAAUCUUCCAGCUAUUAAGAAUGUUGCACGUCUUUUCCAAUUGGAUUUUGAUGAAUGUUUGCGUAUAUUUACUUCUCGAGAAAUUUGUACUGCCGCUGCUCGUUUAUUAUACCUUACUACUUUUACAAUGUUGUUAAAACAUGUAAAUAGUGCGCUUAACUUUUAUUCUGAGGAAAAACCAAUCCCAUCUUCUAUUACAGUUCUCUCUAUUCCACAGCUUCCUCCCGUUUCUUCUAACGAUUUGGAAAAUAUUACUCUUGCUGCCGUGUACGAAGAUAUACAGCAAGCCUUUCUUCGCUCAAGUGAUCGGGAAGUCAUUCAAUGGCAGCGAACGGGUCUUUGUAUACCACCACAACUAGGACCUGUGCUGGACUCAUUGGAUAAUUAUAGUUUAUUGAAAGUAUUGUAUGGACUCGGCGGUGUACUCUCUGUGGCACAAUCCGCACGAAAUACAGAAAAGAUAAAAGUGGCACUCGCAGGAUGCGCCAGACACACACGUGUAAAGUUUAAUCCCAGUACUCUCAUUCUCAGUAUGGAACACUCUUUUGGGGUUCGACAGUAUCAGUUUCCAUCCAGUGUAGAAGAGAUGACAAAACUGAAAACAAUAUAUCAUGCAGAUUAUGAACAUGUUCGUACAUUUCUUAUGGAGAAUGCAGAUGUGGAUACACAAGAGGCUUUACAUCUUCUUGCACAAACAGAUAGUAGUACCGCAGAUCAGAUUAUUACACAAGAGAUGCUACAUUUAAAGCCUUUACUUGAUGUAUUACAAGAUGAAAAAAAUGUUUUUUGGUGGAUAGGAGGUAUUGAUACUGGUGCACAUUUUCGAGGUGAUGAUGUGGAAAUGCAAUUGAAAGAACUUCCAGUUUUAUCUGCAAUGGAAUUACGUCGUCACUUACCUAACCGAUAUAUUAUAUGUAAUCCUACAUUUAUUGUUUCUACAUUUAAACCCCUUUUACCACCAGAGAAGUUAAUCAAUACAUCUAUAAGUGAAUUAGCUACUAGUAUUUUGGAUUAUUCAGGUUUAAAAUAUUAUGUAAAACGUGAAGGAGAUUUCUUACUAGAUGGUGCCUCACUUAUGGAUUUAUAUAUAAAGUUAAAAGAAAAACUUGAACAACACGCUAUUAUUAUUCAAGCUUUUGCUCGAAUGAAAUAUUGUUCAUAUAUGGUGAGGAGACGUGUAUUGGCGUGGUCUGAGGCUGUACAGAAUCUUGAAAAACAACGUAAGAGAAUUGUGGAUGAACAUCAUUUUCUCUCUCAGAAGGGUGGUUUAUAUCAUACACAAUUGAGAGAAUUAAUGGAAGAAGAAGAUGCGGCUCGUUCUCUUAUUAAAGAAACAUGUUGGAGUGAACGAGGGGAAAUGCAACUCACCUUUCAAGAAAGUGUAGAAGAAAAUUUGCUAGACAUGAUGGUAUCAUCUAUUCAGCGCCAAGAUAGAAAUAUGCGUUCGACACUUCAAACCAAUAAAACUGAAAAACUGAAAAUGACGGAAGAUUACAUUCAACAACGAUUAGAAAAACACCGUUCUCACUUAGACAGUAUUAUUGAACAAGAACUAAACAGUAGUAGAAGCCGAGCGCAAUCUCAACAUAUUUCCAGAGUUCAUGAAAAUCUUCUGCGGAGUCAAGAGAUAAGUGAAGAACGACGAGCACGACUGCAGGCCUCAUUAAUUCGCAAGCGUUCAAAAAGUGAAGGCUCUCGUGUGGAACGUGAACGACAGGCGCGGGAGAAGUCAUUAGAUCUCACGCGGCGUCAAUAUCGCAAUCAAGCGGCCCGUGAACAAAUUAUGCAAACACGUGAAGACUAUAAUGAAAUGCUUGCAGUGCAGGUGAUGUUAAAUGAUAUGGAGUCAAAAAUGACACGACGUGUAAAGGAUGAAAUUGUUUCUUUUCGUCGUCAAGAGAAUGAAAGACUUUUGCGAAAACUUCAAGAGGAGCGAAAAGAAAAAGAAGCUCUCAUGAUAAAAGCAGCAAAAGUAAAUGAACGACGAGCAGUGCAGCGUGAAAUCCAAUUGCAACGUAAAAAAGAAAUGGAAGAACGACAAAAAAGAAUGGAGGCACAACGACAAUUGGAUAUGCAACAACGACAACAACGGGCUAUGGCUCGUUUGCAAACAGCAAAGAAACAACAACAAAAGAAAUUAAUGGGAACUCUACUUCGGGCAGAGUCCACUCUAACACACCCACGCUUAUAUGAACAUCGCUCUGAUCAGACAUUAUUAAGCACGAGUUCUCGUGAUCGGCAACUUGGCGAUUCCAUUGUGCUCACGAAUGGGAAAGAGACAUAUACACCGCUCUUGUCAGAGACUUCCCUGCGAGGACUGUUUGAGUACCACGCAACUAAACCCCGGGCAAAGUCACCGUAUCCAUAUGCGACACCUAAACGGUAG